UUUCGGCUUCGGGUGCCGCAAACCUGACCCGCCCCGGACUAUAAAACACCCGGCGUCGCCACCUCUUAGAAAACUCCUCUGCUCUCCUGGGAGUAAGCUUUUGUUUUUCGUUUGCUGGAGCUUCGUUAGACUUGCAUUUGCUGUGUGUGCCUUGGACACGCCUUCCAGUCUUUCUGACCAUUCAACUCGCGAUCAGCGCAGUUGCGGUCUCGUUUGGUAGAGCGCGUCGGUGCAUUUAUGAGACUACUUACUUGCUGUCUCCAUUGCUAGUAUUGCAUUGUCGAGGCCGUUCUGGAGAGAAUUUUUUUAGUGGUGCUACCUUUGUUAUAGUAGGGGUGUUCUUUACCUACUCGGAGACGGUGGAGGUGCUGUCGAAGCUGCGCUGAUAUAGGCGCGAGAUUGCGUUUUCAGAGAUUUUCCACGUUCGUCAAGACGACGAAGUUUGAGUUAUCCGCAUGUUAUAAUGGAGACGAAAGGUGGUAACAAAUCGAAGAAGAGUUCAAUACAGUACGAAAGCCCCCUUGGAUACGUGAUUGAGGACGUGCGACCCCACGGAGGUAGCGAGAAGUUCCGCACUGCCGCAUACUCGAACUGCGUCCGCAAGCCAUCCUGAUAUUUGCUAAAGGGGUAUCGAAAAAAUUAGUAGUGUAGUUUCAGUGUUCUUUUCCAAUUCUUAGGAGCUGGUCUGUUCUUCUGCUUUCUUUUUCCUUCUGGAACGGCAGGUCAGCUCCUGGCUCGAGAAAACUAUUUCGCUGCCUUUCUUUCUCUUUUCAUCCCUGCAACACAUUCCUUGCAAACUAUCGCUUCACAUCCUAGAAAAUGGGUGUCUCCUUCCAAAAUGACACGGGCGCGGUUGCUGGAUCCGUGGCUAGUCCAGGGUUUGAAGGGUUUGAGAAGAGACUUGACAUCGAGUUUCACAUUCCUCCCAUCUUCAGUGACCCUGCAGGACAGGGCUUGCGGGCUAUUCCACGCACUGAGCUCGACCAAAUGCUGCGAGCAGCAGAGUGCACAAUUGUUUCACACAUGAGUAACGCGGAGCUUGACUCUUACGUACUCUCGGAGUCGAGUCUUUUUGUGUACCCUCAUCGUCUUGUUAUCAAGACCUGCGGAACCACUCAACUCCUCCGCGCUAUUCCUAUCCUAUUACAGGUAACUUCCCGACUGAAUUUAAGGGUCAGCCGCGUGAAAUAUACCAGAGGAACUUUCAUGUUUCCAGCUGUCCAACCAUAUCCCCACGGCAGUUUUACUGAGGAGGUGCGUUAUCUUGAGGAAUAUUUUGGGAGUUUGGGCGAUGGAGGGAAGGCAUUUGUCAUGGGCAGUAAGGGUAAGUUUCCUAAUUGGCACAUUUACACCGCAGCUGAUCAUGGAGCUACUGCUGAACCUACCUACACUCUUGAAAUGUGUAUGACUAAGCUUGACAGGCAGGCAGCGGGAAACUUUGUUAAGGCCCCUGGUUUGGAGACUGGACCCGAAAUGACGAAGGUUGCCAAUAUUGACAACAUUCUACCUGAAUCGCGCAUUUGCGACUUUGCCUUCGACCCAUGUGGGUAUUCUAUGAAUGGAAUUGAAGGAGCAGCACAUUCCACAAUUCAUGUUACCCCUGAGGAUGGUUUAAGCUACGCCAGUUACGAGGCUAUGGGAUACAACCCGCGGCGUGUGGAUCUGCCAAUGCUUGUGGAGAGGGUUGUAGCAUCGUUCAAACCCGCCGUUCUUGCUAUGUCCGUGCAUGUGUCCGACGCAAAUAAAGCGACACACACCUCCGGAUCAUGGGAUGAAUCACUAUGUCCGAAAGGUUACAUAUGUGAUGGCAGUAGCCGUCAGGAACUGCCUUGCGGCGGCAUUGUAGUGUUUCACACGUUCAAAGAAAUUACCUUCUCCACUGUUAAAGAAGUGAGUAUGUUUGCUGAACCUUUGCCACUAUUUCGAGGUGCAGCCGGCGUCAGCAAGGGGUGCAAAAAGGUGGCUGUCAAGAAAAACAAAGUAAACAGAGGUUGAAAUGUGACAAACAUACCGGUACAUUAUACCAACGAUGGAGAGUAGUAUAUGGAGGAUGUAUAGGAUGCAGACGCUGCAAUUAUGCUACUGAAUCCAUAGUGAAUGUAUUCAGGAGUAGAAAUGGGAAUAAUACAUUUCGGCGUGCAGAGUUUUUCAGCUUUUUGGUCGACAAAGGGGUGUAUUUGGAUAGAGUUUUGCCUCGUAAUUAAACUACCUACUUAUGUAAUAAAUCUGGUUACAUACGAUUAUA